AUAAACUCUCUUUUUUGUGUAUUGAAAAAUAUGCUGCGGCGGGGCUACAUUUCUCGAUACAAAAACGAAAAACUUUUUUCCUUUCUUUUUUUUCCCCUUCUCUUUACUUUUUCUUUCCUCUAUUUUUUUUUUAAUUGAUUAUUCAUUAUGGCUGUCCGUGCACAAUUUGAAAACAGCAACGAAAUCGGUGUGUUUUCCCGUUUGACCAACUCUUAUUGUUUGGUUGCUCUUGGUGGUUCUGAAAACUUUUAUAGUGUAUUCGAAGGUGAAUUGGGUGAUGUUAUCCCUGUUGUACAUACUUCUAUUGCUGGUACUCGUAUUGUUGGUCGUUUGACUGCUGGUAACAAGAACGGUUUACUUGUACCUUCCACCACAACCGAUCAAGAACUUCAACAUCUUCGAAACUGUUUACCUGAUAAAGUUCAUGUUCAACGUGUCGAAGAACGUUUAUCUGCUUUGGGAAAUGUGAUUGCUUGUAAUGAUUAUGUUGCUCUUGUCCAUCCUGAUAUUGAUAGAGAAACGGAAGAAAUUAUCGCUGAUAGUCUUCAAGUAGAAGUAUUUCGACAAACGGUGGCUGACAAUGUAUUGGUGGGAUCUUACUGUGCUUUGAGUAACCAGGGUGGUUUGGUACAUCCUCGUACUUCUAUUCAAGAUCAAGAUGAAUUAUCUUCUUUAUUGCAAAUUCCUCUUGUAGCUGGUACAGUGAACCGUGGUUCUGAUGUGAUUGGUGCUGGUGCCGUCGUCAACGAUUGGUGUGCUUUUGCCGGUAUGGAUACAACAUCAACCGAAUUGAGUGUGAUGGAAAGUAUCUUUAGAUUACAGGAUGCUCAGCCUACUGCUAUUGUCAACGAAUUACGUGAUACCUUGGUCGACACUUACUCAUAGAUUAUCCUUCCUCCGUUUUACACUCUCUUUAUUAUUCUUUUUGUUUGUUUUCUAUUUGAUACAUAUACAUUUUUAUUAUCAUUCAUCAUUACAGCUUCAUUACACCAUACUUUUUUUUUCUGACUUUCCCCUUCAUUUCUUCCCCGCUUUCGGUUUUGUAGAAUAGAUAUAUUGUAUCGAUUCCAUUUUUUUCUUCUCCUUUUUGUAUAUUUGAAAAUAAAUCUGAUAGCCUGGAUGUUUUGGAAGGGAGUUUUUUUUUUUUAUUAUUA